UCAUUGCAGUUGACGAACUGACAGCACAUAAGCAGUAACAUCUUAAAAUGAAUCAGUUGGAAGUGCUGAGCUCUGGGGCCGGAAGACUAAUGUGUGGCUAGCAGUGGUCUCCCUGGAGGGAUUUUGCCCUCAGACCCGUAACCCAGUCAGAGCUGUCAUCACCCAGGCCGGGCUGGGACCAUCUGAUGGUGUGGACCUCGGAAGGCAGGCCAGGGGGUGGAUUUAAGCACAGGGUGGUGAGCACAGGAAAUGCACGCAGAGAGAAAGUGCCUGCCUCCAGCAUUCUGGAGCUGAGGGGUUCCCGGAGAGCCGCCUCCUGGUCCUUCCUGCCUCUGGUGUCCCCAGCUAAGGAGAGAAGAGAAGAGAACCAGCCUUUACUUACACUACCCUGUGAGGGCCUCACGGUACUCCUGCGGACAAGGGGUGUUAUGCUGAUUUUGUAGAUGAGAAAGUGGGCUCAGAGAGCAGUUUGUCCAAGGUCGAGUAGCUAUUUAGUCAGAAAGUGACAGUCUCCAUUCGUUCUGCCUCCAAAGCAAAUGAACUUUCUACUAGACCACUCUUCUUUACUGGUGGAAACUUAGUAGGAAUUCGUGCUUUGCAAAGUUAGGGCAAAGACAUGAUCAUUCUGAGACGGUGAACCUGUGUGUCACGAAGGGGGCAGGUGGCCGCCAGAUGCUUCCCAAAGCCCGUGGCUCCCCAGGGCAGCUCGCGUGAGUGAGGAAGCAGCGUCGGCACUGGUUUCAAGUUCAGGGCCUGGUUCUGCUGCUCACUUGCCGGCUGACUGCAUCGGCCUGAGCCCCCAUUUCCUCAUCCGUAAGACAGGGGCGAUGACUGUCCUUAUCGUAGCUGACUGUUUCAGAUGAGAAGAGAAAACUCACAGAGCUCUCACCCGGCCCCCAGCACACUCAGCUCUGAGUAGAUACUAGGUGUCAGCGCUUGGUCGUUACCUCAGCCCGAGACUUAAAAGCGGUCUCCUAACGCCAGUUGCCUGGCAUGUCACUGAGGUCACCAGAGCUCGUGUGGGGCAGUCUCCCGUGCAGGUGGGAAAGCCGAGCACAUUGGAGAACCACGGGGCUGUCGGGGAAGAUGGAAGACCCCCUGGGGGUGAGAAGCAGGCGUGGGCGUGACAGCUGGGAAUCAGAAGCAGGGCCCUUGAGAGGACGAGAGGACGUCCCCCGGGGCUUCCCACAGACUCUGGCCACUUGGGGCCUCAUUUGAUGUGCUGGGCGGAGGACGUUAGGCAGUUGGAGAGCUCGUGAGUGAGAUGGGGCUGUUCUGUAAGAUGUGCACACGAACGGGGGAGCGACUUGCCCAUCUACUCUGGGCGCUCCAGCAGCCCACCCGACGGCCUGGUAGGCAGUGUGAGCUUUUUCCCCCCGGGGGUUCGAGGUCUGACCCUGAUUUUGUCUCAUUUAACAUAAUGUUCAACUGUUGCCACUGUCACCUGGGACUGGCGUGCUUCUGAAGAAUUGUUUUCCUCCCGGGCUGCUGGCUUGUGUCAUCUCGGAAAGUGAAGGAUCUUGCUAACUUCAGCUGCUCAGUGUCAGACCCAGGGGUGCUAUGUAAACAGUUUUUCCCUUUAUUAGGCAUUAACUAAAACUAGGCUGGCCACAGCGCAUUUUAAACAAUUAAUAAACAUAUAGCAAGGGCCAGCAGCCCCCUAAGGAUCUGUGGGGAACAGGAGCCGGCCCCGUUGCUCUCAGUCGGACACAUCACUUUCAGUGACCUCAUUCUGAGCUGGGGCCGGGCAGAUGAGUGUCUGGCCCUGCGCUGCCCCGUCUGAAGUGGUCUCGUGAGUCCCUGCCACCCAGGCUGCCUCGUGACCCGUCACAGUGGCUCACAAAGGCUGUUCUCUUCCCAUGCUUGCCUCUCUUAAUCAUUUCAAGUCUUGAGAAUGCACCAGCCAAACCCCUUUGCCCGAGCUCCGUGCCUUGGAGUGAAUCCGUUGGGGUCAUUGCAAAGGUGCCUUGCUCUGGCUUUGGGCAUAUCUGGAGGUUAUCUGGUCUGUCCUGUAGCUCCAGCCAGGGUGGCACACUCAAAACCUGGUUCGUGUUUUUAAACAUCACCAGGAAAAAAGAUUCCGCUGGCAGAGUGGAGGGUCUCACAUUUAUCUGUCCAUCCGUCCACCACGCUGCCGUGGGUCGAGGAAGAGGAAGGGUUCACAAUACAUAAGCCGCGCAGGCUUAAGGGGCCAGCAGGUCUGGGAGACUUCGGAGCCGACAGCCCCCGCCCCCCACAGCUGACAGGCGGCGGUGUCCGAGGGGGUGGGCCUGCCACCCUGCAGCUCUCAAGUAAAUGGUGCCGAUCAGCUUCCAGUGAAGCCACCUCGGGACACUUGAGUUUCCCAGGGAGCCCCCUGGGAGAGAGGAGGGGUGCCAGAUCAUCCCCAGUCGGCUAAAAUGGCAUUGGUGGGACAGGUGGCCUGAGGCAAGGGGUGCUCUUGCAGCUCUAAGAAACACCUGUCUGUCAGCACUGUGACACUUUAGGGUGGAUUACCGAAAAGUGGAAGCUAUCCAAGAUAAGAGGCUUGAAGGGGAAGACGUGUGGAGAAGAAAUCUAGCACCUCGUAACCUAUAAUCACAGGAGAAGAGUCAGUCUUUUGCUGGGUCCCAGGUCCUGCCUGAAUCUGGAUACUCCUGCCGAAGGGGAGGAUGUUGAUUUUCUCUUUAAAAAGGGCACCGUGAACACAUCUUACAUAAGGACACAUCAUAGCCUGUAGUUUUAAAGCAAACGGUGACGUUAAGAUGGGCAUUUUGUUUGCCAGUGGAUUUCAGGUGACUUAGUUCGUAUCGAGUGAGAUGCUCCCCCUUGGCGAUGCCCUGGGACACGGUUAGGGCAGACAGAGCAGGGCAGUUGAGGCAGCUGCUGGAGAAUCAGACCGAAGGGAGCCUGCCCAUUUCCCAUUCCUCAGCCAGGUGGGCGCGUUCAUCGAACCUCUGCACAGCUCUGUGUCUUUUUUUGUAAAACGGAAAAAAAGAGAACCUCCCCGCACGUGUGGGUGUUAGGACCAAAUGAGGUCAUGCAUGUAAGGCGCCUAGCACGGGACCUGGCACCUUGGCAACACGGUUGCUAGGUAGUCCUAGCAACGGUGCUCUGUGCUGAUGGCGGGCCCAGCGCUGCUGAGAGCCCCACCUGCACUCUGGCUGAGUGCUCACGGUGACAUAGGGGAGAGGCACGGUUGUCAGUCGCCUCCCGCAGAUGAGAAAAGUGAGGCGGGCGAGAGGAAGCUGCUCGCUCCAGGUCACAGAGGGGAAGCAGUAGAGCCAGCAUCCGAAGCCAGGCCUCGGGUGGGCCCCGUAGGCUACCCGGCCUCCAAGCAGGAGCGCUGUCGCCAGCACCCCCUGCUCCUGGCUUCUGGUCCUGGGUCUCAUCUUGGCCGGUGGAGGACUGCUGCGCGGACUUCGCAGAAACCCUCCCUUGGUUCCCCGCGGGACCCCGGGGCCCUGGCUCUUGCAGACAGGACGGCAUGGCCUCAGCAGCUCCGGCCUUAACCUCCUGAGCCCUCCAAGCAGGACCGGGGCCACCUCCAGAGAGAGGAUGGUGUGGAGUUGAGAGACACUUUGAAUUUGGGGGGCUGUCAGAGGGCAGGGCUCAAACUGCGCUGUGUCAAGUGUUUUAUCCUUGAGCAGCAGAGAAGAGGUGUGGAGCUUUCUGGAUCUUCCUGUCACUAUCUGUCCUUUCCCUCUGAGUUGGAGGCUGGGUCUGGGAGCUGGACGUGGCUGGUCAGGAAAGCCACGCGAACCCCAUUUCUGGGUUCAGAGAUGAGUUGCCCAACCUCCCGCACACCCCUGGCUCCCAUGUGUAGAGCACAUGACUCUUAAUCUCAGGGUCAUGAGUUCGAGCCCCAUGUUGGGUGUGGAGUCUACUUUUUAAAAAAUUUUUUUAAAUACAUAAAAUGUUGUGGAAUUUUUCUAACGUAUUAUAAAAAUUCCAUAUAUAUACAGCAAUGUCAAGAAGAGUUUUGCAGCAAAUGACUGUAUGUCCUAUCCACCACUUAGAUUCUGCCAUUAACUUUUUCCUUACUUGAUUCAUUGCGUAUCUGCCCAUCUUUCCAUCCCUCUCCACCCAUUAAUCCAUCUACUUUUUGAUUCAUUUCAAACAAAAUUAUAGAUAUCAGAAUGCUUCCCCAAAAUAUUUCAGAACACGUAUCAUUAACUAGACUUAUACAUUUAUUUUAAGUAGUUUUCUUUUGCUGUAAAAUUUACAUCCAAUGAAAUGCCCAAAUCUUAAGUGCACAUUUGCUGCAUUCUGGCAGAUGCCCACACCAGACUCCUAUCAGGAAACGGGAGUUACCAUCACCCUAGAAAGUUCUCUCAUGCUCUACCCCAGUCAGUCCCCACAGCACACCUCCCCACACCCCAGGCAACCAUCUCUGACUUUUUCUUUCUCCAUAGAUUAAUUUUGUCUGUUCUAGAAUUUCAUAAAGAUGGAAUCAGACGGUAUGUACUCUUCUGUAUGUGUCUGCUUUCAGUCAGCAUGAUGUUUUUGGCACUGCCCACACCAGUAUUUGUCCUGGUUUUUGUUGAGUCGAAUGCAUCUCAUCGAACGACUCUACCCAGUUUAGUGUAUCCAUUCCGUUGAUGGGUACCUGAGCUCCUUCCCGUAUCGGGCUCCAGACAGUUCUCUUUGUGAGCGAAUGUUUUUACUUCUCAGUAUAUAUCUAGAGGUAGAAUGGCUAGGUCAUAGGUAGGUUACGUCUGAUUGAAAAACGAGGGCCGGCACGUUCUCCAAAGCAGACGUACCAUUUUACGCUCUCAUGGACAAUGUGUGAGACAGCCAGCUGCCCUACAAGCCUGCCAGCAUUUGGUGUCAGUCCUUGAAAACUUCGCCAUCCUCGUGGGUAGGAACUGGGACAUCCCUGUGGUUUUCAUGUGCAGUUCCCUGACGAUGGAUGAUGUUGAAUAUUUUUUUCACGUGCUUAUGGGCCAUUUAUGUGUCUUCUUUCGUGGGGUGCCAGUUCAAGCCUCUUGCCCGCUUUUUGAAUUUGGUUGCUGUCAUUUUAUUAUUGAGUCGUAGGAAUUCUUUAUACAUCGUGCAUACCAGUCCUUUCCCGAUAUAUGUUUGCAAUUUUUUUUUUUUACCUAGUCUGGGAGUUGUCUUCAUUUUAUUCACACUUUCUUUUGAAGAGCCAAAGUUUUAAAUUUUGAUGAAGUCCAGUUUACCAGCUUUUCCUUUGAUGGUGUUAUUGCUUUUUGUGACUUGUUUCAGAAACCUUGCUUCUCCCUGGGUCACGAAAGAAUAUUUAUAUCUUGAAUGAAUUUUUAGAUACGCCAUGAGGUAAGGUUUGAGGCUCUUUUCUCUUUCCAUAGCAAUACCCAGUUAUUCCAACAUCAUUUAUUAAAAAGACUUCCUGUUCUAUUGGCUUGCUGUGACAUCUUCGUCAAAAAUCAUGUCUGUCACUGUGAAAAUAAAACCACAUUAUUGAAUUUUUAAAUUUUUUAAAUAAAAUGUUCAAAUGAAAAUUAAAUGCAGCUGAAAGUAAUCUAAUUGAGUUACAAAAAUUCAUAUUUAAAAAUAAGUUCCUAAAAACAAAAAGCAAGUUCCUCCCUGAGAAAAAUGGGACUGGCGAAGACUGGUUUAUCAUAAAAGAUUUCUUGGCUUCCCAGUAUCAUUUAUAUCGAAAAUGAAAAUCAAGUUCUCCAUCAAAAAGCAAUUCUCUUUUUAGACCGUGAUAUUAACCAGCUUUGAGAAUGCCAACAGCCCAUAUGUAUGUAGGUGGAGGGAGCAAAAGAUGUUAACUGUCUUUCUGAUACAAUUAUUUAUCCGUUUGUCACAUUAAUAAAAUGGUUGUCAGCGUCCAGGAGGGUUUGUUGUGGUGACACGUGUAUACAUUCAGUGCUUGGAAAGCCACACCAGUGACCCCCAUCACCUACAGUGCCCGUCAUCGGUGUGUCAGGAGGGUCACGUGGUUGCGUGGUCGACGUCCUGGUUAGUGUCAGGAGGACAGCCAAGACCACGCUGCUUUUAGCUUUAUCCUGAGACUAAUAAUAGCGAGAUGUGCUUAUCAUGGGAGGCACGCUUCUCAUUUAGCUCCCUUACUCCUCCUAGAGCAAGGCAGAAGCACCCUGGUCGUCCCACCUUUACUGGGAGCCAGUGGUGCAGAAAAGCCAUGCCACCUGCCCAAGGUCACUCAGCUGGGGAGCUGGGGAGGUCGCACAUCAAACUGGGCCACCCAGCUCCAUGCCUGUCCUCCUAAGCCCUCUGCAGGUUUGCCUUCUCGUAAGAAAAGAGCUUGGCACGCUGCCUGUAGGCACUGUUCCCGUUACUCGGUGAUGUCGGUUCAUAAAUUGUUAAAAACCUGUCUGUCUCCAUCCGUCCUAAAACAUCAGGGAGUGUGUCCCCUCUGGGAGCCCCACGCUGAUCCUUGGGUGCCCACCACCUGUACCUCUUGGAGGCCACUGCUGGGGGCGCAGCAGCCAAAGCACCCCGAAUCCGCGUCCCACCACGUGGGCAAUCCCCACCUGUACCACACUGGCCUCGCUGUCCAGGGGUAACUCCUAACACCGCUGGAUGACACGGCCUUCAUUUCUGACAACGGAGCUGUCUCGUUCAGCUUGGGAAUGAUCUCCUUGAGCGAUCUUAACAGAGAAGUGGCUUACGUGGAGCCGGGCUUUAGGAAGACCACCGGGGAAGGGAAAGGCACUCCAGGCAGAGGGGAACUGCGGGGGUAAAUGAGCCCUGGACAGAAUGCAGGGCAUGUUUGGAGAAGUCUUGAAACCUCAUGGUGAGACUGGAGCAGAGGGGCCCCUGGUCAGCUAGACUACGAUCAUAAAUAAGCCUCCCAAUCCCAGUGGCUUCACAAAGCCAAGUUUAUUUCUCUCACUUGGAACACUGCAGGUCACAGGGACGCCGGACAGAGCACCGCAGCUCUCCGUGUCACCGGCCUCUGUGCGGUGACUCGGCGACCCACGCUGCUCCCAUCUUUUGCUCUUUGUGCCAACAUGGGGUCUCCACCCCCAGCCACUUCUGACUCCCUCCGGCUGGGAGUGGCGGUUCUCAAUCCCCCAGAACGGGCCCCACCGUGUUUAUCGAACUGCAGGGGAGGCUGGGGAAUAUCAAAUCAUCCCAAACACGUACUGAGUGCUUUCUCUGUGCCAGGCUGUGUGCUAAGCGCUUAAAUGUGUCUCUUCUGACUCCCUCGGCCCCUAAGUGCGUGAGUUCUGCUGUGAGACCUCACCGCUGCGACCUCAUCACUCAGCUAAGGGAACAGCCUUGGCGAAGUUAAGGGCAUCCGACAGAACAGCCACAUAAAGACAGCGCUGGAGAUUUGAACCCGGGUCCCCAUGUAUCCAGAACCCCUGCUCUGGGCCCCCUGCCCUGAGUUCCUUGCUGAUCACUGCUGAGAAUAUCUUCAUCCCACUGGAGCCCCAGGACUGGGUUCUGAUUUUCUGCUCCGUCUCAUUUCAGCUUCCCCAGGAGUCAUGAAUUUUUAAACCUCGUGCAAGAUCAACCAGUUCACCCAGAGGAGACAGUAAAAGAACAAGAACAGGCAGAAACAGAACAGCCAUCAAAUAAGCACGCCGGAGUUCUUCCAGGAAAUGUCCACCUGCGGGGGGGCGGGGUGAACCCGAAGAAGUUGUGCAGGCAUGGCGGGACGUGCAGGGAGCGUGCUCAGGUCAUCAAGGGAAUUGUGGCCUUUUAGCAAAAGAGAGACAGAGGGAGAGUGGACUUAGGCCAUCAGCCUCGGGCUAUUUCAGUUUCUGAUGGAACAGAAGGACCUCCAGAGAAAAUGAGCUGAGCGACCGCUCUGGCCCAGAUGACGGGGGGAGUCAAGCAUCAUUUCCAGGUCUGUUUGAAGAAACACUUCCAAGGCCCUGAGGCCAAAACAAGCACCACAUCUCAAACUUAAAACAAACAAGCCAAACCUUCUGUUCUGGCCCAGCCCCCUCUUUUCACAGGCCACCAGGACCAGAGACGGGGGGUUGAUUAAGGAACGUCACACAGCCCUAUUUGUGCCAGAGCUGGACAUCGAAGCCAAGUUCUAGAAGAAGCUCAGAAAGGAGCAGGAAUGUGACCUGGUCUCACUCAAGACAGGAGCCCUCCUGCCUUUUCCUCUCCCACCACAGGGGAUACACCCCAAAGAAAUUCGAGCAGGCACUCAAAGAGAUAUUUGUACACCCAUGUGCAUAGCAGUGUUAUUCACAAUAACCCAAAGUGGAAACAACCCAAGGGUCCAUGCACGGCUGAAUGGAUACCCAACGUAUGGUAUAUCCACACAAUGGAACACUAUGCAGCCGCCUUUUUUUUUUUUAAAGGAAAUUUUGACACAGGCUACAUUGGGGAGAAAGCUUGAGGACAUGCUGCUGAGUGAAAUAAACCAGACACAAAAUGACACACACUGUAUGAUCCCUCUGACAGGCGGUCCUGAGAGCAGGCCAAUUCAGAGAGACGGAAAGUAGCACCGUGGUUGCUGGGGUCUGGGGGGGACGGGAGCGUGGGGAGUGAGUGUUUCCUGGACAGUUUCAAUUUGGGAAAAUGACAAAAUUCUGGACUAUCACCAGUCGUGCGAUGUCAUAUAGAAAAACAGGCCUAGAGCCAAGAGGUCCAAAAGUCACACAGCAAUUCGGCUAUCGCCCGGACCAGCACCCGGUUGAGAACAGCAGCUUUGCAAAACUGAAGAGCUGAAGCCAUGCCCUCAGGAAAUCUGCCCACAGCCCCAUGAGGUGGUCCGGUUGCUACUCUCGGUGAAGAGGAGGAAUGGGGGCGGUAAAAGGACAGGCCCCUCCUCAGAGAUGACAUAUCGGGUUUCUGCCACACUCCUCCCGGCCACAAGGUGGUUCGGGGGAUUGUCUGAGAUCUCUGGCCAGUCAAGACACUGCUUGUCGAAGUCUCAUUUUCCCCAUGUGAAAAGAGGGAUAAUAAUAGCCGCCUGGAGGAGCCGCUCAGAGGACUGGCCAUAAAGGAUCUAAAGUGUCUGCUGAGAAGUGCAUACUUAAUAAGCGGGAGUGGUUGUUGGAGAUUAUCUUUACUUCUUGUCACUCAGAAGAGAGCACCUCUACCCAGGCUUGUCCUGGGAAGCCGGCGAUUGGGGCGAGGAGGGGGCCCGAGGCAGCAGGACCUUGGCUGGGCAGCUGCCCUCAUCUGGGCCAGGUGCCCCCGGGGCCCUGCCCCACAGCACCAUGAUGGGGAAACUCCCCUUGGGGGUUGUCUCCCCGUACGUGAAGAUGAGUUCGGGAGGCUGCGCGGACCCCCUGAAAUUCUAUGCCACCAGCUACUGUACAGCCUAUGGUCGGGAGGACUUCAGGCCCCGCAUGGGCAGCCACGAAGGCACAGGCUACAGACCAAAUUACCGGCCCGUGGACUCCUACCAUGCCAACCUCGAUGCCCUGGACAACCCAGCCAUGGGGGAACAAGUCCGCCACAAUUUCCAGUCAGUGACCACCCAGAGCUACCGCCCCCUGGAGGUGCCUGAUGGCAAAUACCCACUGCCCUGGAACGUGCAUCAGACCAGCUCGGGCUACUCUCGGGAGAAGCCCAGUGCGGCAACCCCCACUAAGGAGGUCAGGAAGGUCCAUUUCGACACCCAGGACUAUGGGGCGCAGGCCAUCACAGGGCUGGAGCCCAAGGACGUGCCCCUGCUCCACCAGCCUCAGGGCAAGGGCUCGCUGGAGUGGGAGAAUGCCCGGCAUGGCCCGCGCUUCAUGACCUCGGAGUACAAUUCCAAGUACCUCAAGGAGCCUUCAAACCAGCCAGAUCUCUUGCAGAAGAAAUCAAUUGGCGCCAAGGAAGAGACUGGCUUCACCGAAGAGUCCACCAAGAACCCCAUUGUCUUCCAGCUGCCCUCCCAGGCCCUCCCUGGGGAUCCGGUCCUCCUCCCCGGCCGGAGUGUCACCAGGUCCGACUUCCUCCCCAUGGCCCACCCUCAUGGGGACGAGCUCCUGCCUGUGCUGGCCAGAGGCUCCGAGCGGGAAACGGGCUACAACCGAGUGACCGAGAGGAUGCUGAACCCCAGAGUGCCCCCUCCUGGCCCAGAACCUAGCAGCAUGAGCCACCGGCAGUUCCAGCCCCCGCAGCGGGUGCAGCAGACCAACGUCGCCUUGCUGGGCCGGGAGACGGUGGGGAACAAGGAGCCCACGGGGUUCAGCCUUAACAACGCCAGCUACUUCCGGAACCCCUAUGACCCAGACAUGGAUAAUCGGUACCUGACCACCUACAGCCAAGGGUACUUGGAGAAUAUCCCCAAGGGUCUGGACCGAGAAGGCUGGACUCGAGGUGGCAUCCAGCCGCAGAAGCCCAGAGGCUAUGCCUUCAACCAGCCAGUCACCCGCAUGGAGGCCACCCCCAACCCCAUGGAGAGCUUGCAGCGCCUGCACCCCCACGUGGGAAGAACCCUGAUCUCUGCGGACCCCUUCUACAGAGCAGCGCCUCACAGUGGCCGUUUCACGACACCCAACUGAGCCCAAGGCUGGUUUGCCUACCCAACAGACAGGACUGGAGCCGACUACUCUCCCUUCCCCCACCCCCUCCCUGCCGGGACUCCCCUGGCUACUUUCCUAAUGAAAUAAAGAGCAGUGAAGCAAA